CAACUAAAAACAAAAACCAAAAUAAAAAAAAAUGUCGACGACUUCUAAAACCAUAACCUUAACUCUCUUCAUCACAACAACAUUAUUAGCGUCCUGCAACGCAGCCGCAAACGCAACAACAAAACCGCUCUUCCCAGCGAUUCUAAUCUUCGGUGAUUCAACCGUCGACACAGGCAACAACAACUACCCUUUACCAACAAUCUUCAGAGCUGAACACUUUCCUUACGGCAUGGAUCUUCCAGACGGCAAAGCUAACGGAAGAUUCUCAAACGGAAAACUUAUCUCCGACAUAAUCGCAACCAAACUCAACAUCAAAGAGUUUAUUCCUCCUUUCUUACAACCAAAUCUCUCCGACCAAGACAUUCUAACCGGAGUAUGUUUCGCAUCAGCUGGUGCCGGUUACGACGACCUAACCAGUCUCUCCACACAAGCCAUUCGUGUCUCCGAACAACCAAACAUGUUCAAGAGUUACAUUACUCGUCUCAAAGGUAUCGUAGGAGACAAGAAAGCAAUGGAGAUCAUAAACAAUGCUUUAGUGGUUAUCAGUGCAGGGCCUAACGAUUUCAUUUUGAACUAUUACGAUAUUCCCUCAAGGCGUCUCGAGUAUCCUUUCAUUUCUGGUUACCAAGACUUUAUUCUUAAAAGGCUUGAAAAUAUCGUGCGGGAGCUUUACAGUCUAGGUUCCCGGAAUAUUUUGGUUGGAGGUUUGCCGCCAAUGGGGUGUUUACCGAUCCACAUGACUCUUAAAUUCCGCAACGUUUUUAGAUUCUGCUUGGAACAACAUAACAGAGACUCUGUUUUAUACAAUCAGAAACUUCAGAAUCUCUUGCCCCAACUCGAAGCAUCUCUUAAAGGAAGCAAAAUCCUUUACGCCGAUGUCUAUAAUCCUAUGAUGGAGAUGAUGCAAAACCCUAGCAAAUACGGGUUCAAAGAGACGAAGAGAGGAUGUUGUGGAACAGGGUUCUUGGAGACGAGCUUCAUGUGUAAUGUUUUCUCUCCUACUUGUCAGAAUCGGUCGGAAUUUAUGUUCUUUGACUCGAUUCAUCCAUCGGAAGCUACCUAUAAUGUCAUAGGCAAUCUUCUGGAUCCUAAGAUUCGUGGGAAGUUCCAGGCUUAAGUCAUCACGAGUUGCAAAACUGACACAAUGUUAUUUUCUUGUUUCUUUAUGAGACUAUUUGUGGACUUUGGUUAAUCAAAUCAAAUGUAACUU